GAAAUUAUAAAUAUUCCAAACUUCAAUGUGACUUUCUAAUUAAGAGUGUCAAACUGAAUAACAUUAGGCAUAUUGAUAUUUUUUUUGUUUGAUAAAUUAAAGGAAAGAAAAAACUUCUAACAAUGAAUAAAGCCAAGUAUCGUAAUAUGUCUGUAGCGAAGGAAGAUUUAGAACUAAGUCAAACUAUAAGAAAUAUCGUGAGGGAAAUCAGAAGAGAAUUCACAAGACUUCAUCUUGAACAAGCAGAUGAUACUCUAAUUACAUUUUAUGUGAAGCUUCUAUUAUACGAUCCAAAAUGGCAUAUUGAUGGUCACGUUCUGCUCGCCCGAGAAAAGAUUCAGAAACUUAUAAAUCGUGUAGUGAAUGAUUUCCGUAAUCGAAAACAACCGGAUAUGAUUACAAUAAACAUUCAAAAUUGUCUAUUCAAUACUUUCCAACGGAGAUAUGAAAUUUUGGAUAGCCGAAAGCUAAAUACAGUGAAAAAAUUGGUUCCAUUGAAACUGGCUAUUUUAGAGCAAGACACCACAACCGGGGAUCUCACAAACGUUUUCCAUAGAAUUGUUGUAUAUUUUAUAUUGUUGAGUGGUAUGGGAAAUCCAUUAGAAUCCGAGGUGUAUAAGCAAAGCAGUUUAGUUUUAAAAAGUAUCUUAAAUAUGGAUGAACUUAGAGAAUUUCUCAAUUUGCCGUACGUUAUCCGACUUUAUGAAUUUGAUACGAUGCUAAAAGUUUAUAUGGGAAUCAGAAUAUAUAAUAAAUAUUGUGAAAAAGGUGGCGAUGGAGUACCUGACUUGCCGAAGCUACUUUCCACUUCACUAGAUGGAUUGAAUGAUUUCUUGUUAUAUUUAUUUUACGAAACCAAUGAAAAAAUAGAAAUUCUGACCGAUGCGUUAACUAAUUGUUAUAUACCACUGGUGUGGAAACACAAAGUUUACCUCAAACUGAAUCUGCCAGAAAACGAAUGUCUUUUCGAAGAAGACAUAGAAUACAGCCAACAUCUUAUGUUGGUUUAUAAACAGUUCCAAGAAGUGAUUCAAUUCCUGAUUGAAGAAGUUAUUUCUUUGGAACGAAUCUUCAAGAAGGCUGAAAAUGAUUUCCAAGAAACUAUAGAACACCUACAGGCCACAGUAGUCCCGAAUUUCCACGUUCAUGUCAGCUUGGUUUUUCCCUGCUUCCAAAAACUUAGCGAUGUUUGGACAAAUUAUCAAGAUAUGAUAUUUCUGGUGAACGUAAUUAGGCAGGUUGUACAAAAUAUUGACAAAAUGGUGAAAUCAUUGAAAUUCUACAAUAAUCUCGUCAGAUAUUACUUCAAUGUGUUCCCACGAAGAGAAACGUACCAUGAAGAAGACUUGGGUUUGCAAAGGAUAUUAGACGAUCCAGAUUCGAGAUGUGAAGUAUAUAAACUAGAAGAUCUGAAAACAACAUCGACAAAAAUUGUAUUUCAGUAUGAAGAACACUGCAGCUGGACGUUGGUAAUGACUCAUGGACUGUUGGUUAAAGGGGAUCCAGAAUAUGGUGUUGUGCGAUUCAAUGGAAGAUACUAUUUAUUUUCAUCAACUUUAGCAUUGAAAUGUUUCACCUGCAAUCCAACAUAUUUCAUCGAUCAUGUACUUCAAAUGGCACGAACUAGACCCGGUUUUAUUCACUUUCUCAAAUUAAACGAAGAUUUGACCUAUGUUCAAGAUAGAACAAGUUUGGUAGAGACUGAUGCAGGAGAUUCUCAAGUAAUCUACGCAGAAGUUGCAUGUCAAGUGGAAUGGCAAGGAGAAAGUUGGAUUGAUCGCAAAUAUCACUCCAGUUUAUGGGAAUAUAAAAAUGACGCUUUACGUAUGGCAUCACUUUCCAAAACUAAAACCGUAAGUACCAUGACGGACAAAACAUUCUUCAAGAACAGUAUGAAUACACAAACUUACGAAGAGAGAGAUAAAGAAAUCGUUACCAAUAAGGAUAAUUAUACAAAUACUCCGACUCCAUUGGCAUUUUUGCAAGGACUUAGAGGUGAUAAGGAUGGAAAAAAACAAGCACAACUCAAUCUAACUUAUUGGGAUUUCAAACCGUCCGAUUUUAAUAAAUAUAAAUAAGAUAAA